GGCAGAGUGCUGGAGGACUGGGAGACAGCAAGGAGAGACUGCCCGGAGACACGGGGCAUAGUGACUCCUACUGCAGGAGACUGCCAGACACAGACCUGAGGCACUCAUAGGCUUGGACUUUGUACGAGAGACUGAAGGGCAUCAAGGGGCAGGACCAGCUCAGAGACUGCUCCAUGCAAAAAGAGAGAGAGAGAGCUAGAGACAGACCCAGCUCAGAGACUGCUCCAUGCAAAAAGAGAGAGAGAGAGCUAGAGACAGACCCAGCUCAGAGACUGCUGCAUGCAAAAAGAGAGCUAGAGCGAGACCCAGCUCAGAGACUGCUCCAUGCAAAAAGAAAGAGAGAGCUAGAGUGAGACCUAGCUCAGAGACUGCUGCAUGCAAAAAGAGAGCUAGAGCGAGACCCAGCUCAGAGACUGCUCCAUGCAAAAAGAAAGAGAGAGCUAGAGCGAGACCCAGCUCAGAGACUGCUGCAUGCAAAAAGAGAGCUAGAGCGAGACCCAGCUCAGAGACUGCUGCAUGCAAAAAGCCUAAUUUAAGAGAGGUCUGCUUGCAAAUUAAAAAGAGUUAGAGACAGACCUAAGAGUUUUUGUUUGGUAACAGAGAGACAGCACCACACUACAUUAGACAGAGACUGCCUGACACUACACAGAGAGGGUACAAAUAAACUGACAGAGACAGUCUCUGCACAAUGAGAGCAUCUCACAGACUGCCUCUACUACACAGAGAGUGACCUGCUAAUAUACAACCAGCCUGAGAGACUGCAGGGAGAAGAGACAUCCCUCACCCGAUUCCUAUAAAAGGUAUUGGAAGAAUGGCAGCGCUAGGCGGUUACUGUGAACACAAUGGCAGCGUGUCCCAGGCAUGGCUGGACAAUGGACUGUCCCCUUGUUUUUACUUCACCUUGGUCCCAUCGGUUCUCCUCAGCUUCUCUUUUCUUCUGGGAAGCCUGCAGUCCGUCUUUUACGCCAAGCAUAGCAGGACAAUGGAGCCCAAGUACAUACCCAAGUCCCGGCUUUACCGCCUGCAGCUGGCGCUCUCCGUUGUGCUGAUAGCCCAGGCUCUGGGGGGUCUGAUCUGGCAGGCUGCGGGCACUAAGGUCUUGUAUGGGUACAUGAUCGUAUAUGGCUGCCUGUCCGCAGGGGCUUGGGGCUUCAGCAUCUGGCUGCUUCAUUUGGAGCGGACGAGGGCCCUCGAGCGAGAGCGGAGUAAGGGCCACGGAGUGGUGCUCCUUCUCUUCUGGGCACUGGCCUUUGCUGCAGAGAACUUGGCGUUCAUAUCAUGGAUGAGCCCUCAUUGGUGGUGGACAUCGAUGGAGAACGUGUCACAAAAGGUGCAGUUUGGUUUGUGGACUCUGCGAUACGUCUGCACUCUGUUCCUAUUCAUGUUAGGAUUCGCAGCGCCUGGGCGACCACACAAGCCAUACGUUCUCCUUAUUAAUGAAGAUGAAAGAGAUAUCGAGAACACACAGCCACUGCUCAGAAACCCAAAUGAAUCCACAUGGCAGGGUUUCUGGAAGAAGGUCCGUCUGCUGGUACCGUACAUGUGGCCUCGAGGGAACGUAUUUCUGCAGCUCCUGGUUCUCCUCUGCAUGGGACUGAUGGGGCUGGAGCGAGCCAUCAACGUCUUUGUUCCCAUCUACUACAAGACUAUAGUGGACCAGCUGACGGAGGGCUCUCCGUGGCACACCCUGGCGCUCACCGUCUGCGUAUAUGUUCUGCUCAAGUUACUUCAGGGCGGAGGAGCAGGUGCGACUGGCUUUGUUAGUAACCUGCGCAGCUUCCUGUGGAUCCGCGUGCAGCAGUUCACAAACCGGGAGGUGCAGAUCCGCCUGUUCGCCCACCUGCACGCCCUUUCUCUGCGCUGGCAUCUUGGCCGAAAAACGGGUGAAGUGUUACGCAGCAUAGACCGAGGCACCAGCAGCAUCAAUAGCCUCCUGAGUUACAUUGUCUUCAGCAUCCUUCCCACCAUGGCGGACAUUAUCAUCGGCAUCAUCUAUUUCACCUCUUCCUUCAACGCCUGGUUUGGACUGAUCAUUUUCGUCUGCAUGGCCUUGUACCUAACCUUGACCAUCAUCAUCACAGAAUGGAGGACGAAAUACCGCCGGGAAAUGAACACCAGCGACAACGAGGCCAAAUCUCGGGCCGUGGAUUCGUUACUGAACUUUGAAACGGUGAAGUACUACAAUGCUGAGUCUUAUGAAGUGAACAGGUUCAAUGAUUCCAUAGUGAAGUACCAGGUCUCGGAGUGGAAGGUUAACGCAACGCUCGCCUUCUUAAAUCAGACGCAGAACCUGAUCAUCGGGCUCGGGCUGCUGGCCGGGUCCCUUCUCUGCGCCUACUUCGUCACCGAGAACAAGUUCAAAGUUGGUGACUUUGUGCUGUUUGGCACUUACAUUAUCCAGCUGUAUACGCCUCUGAACUGGUUUGGCACGUACUACAGGAUGAUUCAGAAUUCCUUCGUUGAUAUGGAGAACAUGUUUGAGCUGUUCAGUGAAGAACAAGAGUGGGUAAAUACCGCAGGUCACAAGCGGGAUGCAGGGGAGAGACUCCGGCAGGAGGUGGACCAGGCGGCCAUUGCAGCCGAUAUCCACGAGCGGAUCCUUACUUUCCGUGAUGGUUACGACACUCAAGUUGGGGAACGAGGCCUAAAACUGAGCGGUGGAGAGAAGCAGCGAGUCGCCAUUGCCCGAACCCUUCUAAAGGGGCCACAGAUCGUCAUGCUGGACGAGGCCACCUCUGCCCUGGACACAGAAACUGAGCGCAACAUCCAAGCAUCGCUGGCCAAAGUCUGCUCCAACCGCACCACGCUUGUGGUUGCCCAUAGACUGUCCACGAUCAUCAGCGCCGACCAGAUCCUGGUUCUGAAGGAAGGGCAGAUCGUAGAGAGAGGAAGGCAUGAUGAGCUGCUCGCCAAGGGCGGCAUCUACGCGGGCAUGUGGCAGAAUCAACAAAGCGCCAACGAGUCGUCUGACUCCGAGUCUGAGAGAAAAGUUCGGGCAUCCGAGAAACUACAGCAGCCAAAACCAGCGCUGAGGAAACCUCAUCACUGACGUCCAAGCCAAGAACCGCGCCGGUGGCUGCGACAGAACUAGCGUUCUGGGCGGAUUCAGUCCGGCUGCGCCCGUAUUAUGGGAAAUCGGUGCCACACAUAAAUGACUGAACCUAAUCUAUUGUCCUCUGUUAUCAGCCACCUCAGGCUAAUGAUCAUAGACUGACGGAAAGCCCAGAUCUUCACUUACCUCCAGACACAUCUCCAGCCACACAUCAGCUGCCCGUCUUACAGUGCUCCACUCUGUUAUGCUGCCCCACCUCUAGGGGGCCCUCCAGGGGUCCAGGAGAUCUGGGCUGCUGUAUGUGGGGCCCUUGCUACUGAAUUUCUUUCAAUGACUAACAUAAUAUGGAUUGGUGACUACCUGCCUUCCUCCAGAUCUGGUCUGUAGGCGCCAUGACCACUCAAGCAGCUCUCCGCACCCUACAUACAGGAGCCCACAUCUUCCGGGACCCUUGUAAGGAUGCAUUGGAGGAGGAAGCAGGACUUAAAGAACUUUAGGACUUUUCCUGUCAUGUAAAGUUAGGAUAUGGUAUUGCUUUAUAAUCUGCGGGGAUCCGACCUUUGGAAUCCCCACUGCUCCUGAGAAUGAGGGGUCCAUAUUGUUGCACCCUGCACCCCAGCCACCCAGCUGUUUAGGGAACUGCAGCCAGCUCUGCCCGGGGGGCGCCGCUGUGCAACGAAUAACAGUGAAAGUGAGGCAGCGCUACACCAAUGCUGGGGCCCCUUCAUUCUCACGAUCGGUGGGGGCCCAAGAGGUCAGACCUCGACCAUCAUGUAGUAAUAUGCCAUUAUUUUACAUGAUGGGAAUACCCCUCUCCAUUUUUCCCUAUUAGAACAUAUUGACCUCACAAAGGGGAGUCCGUUACUCUGGACUUCUCUCUCUGAACCAGAAUGGAGCCCGUCUGUCCCCGUCCGGGCAGGUCUGAGCCCUCCUUGUAUUCAUCUGAAUAGCCGCCAUAUAAUGCUACGUUUCCCAUGGCCAAAUCAGCUGCUUGUUGUGGGUGCCGGGAUUGGAGUGCUCUGAUCAGACAACCCCUUUUACAGGGUUCAUGCACACAGCUGCAUGUGUAAGACGUGGCUCUGAAGGACGAAGCUGUGAGCCGCUGUAUAGUACCGCAACGUGAUAUCCUACUAUCCCAACAAGUAAUAGCACAAUGGAGCGAUCGGAGGCAUCUGGGCGUACAGUAGGGGCCCCCUAGACCUGUAUGGGGACUGUGUAACAUCUCUGUGCCACCGAGAACUUGUACGGGGCCACAUGCACAAGACUUAACUGCACUAAAACCUGAUGGCGGAGAAUGUCCGUGUUCUGCCGUGGAUUUUCCGUGCUGCACAAAUAUGUCCCGUGUGCUUUGACCCUUUGGUGCAACCCAAACACAUGUUUUUAUGCAAUAGAGGUAAAAGUUGUAAAUGUGAUGCCGCUGUUGUGACAGGACGGGUGUCAGCCAUCACCCUGCUUUCAUCUGCCAGAUCAUUUGAAAAAGAAUAUAGGAUAAGCGGCAAUCAGACCGACAUGAUGCCGCUUAUCACAGUAAAGAAAAGAUCCAGCACAUCCCAUGUCUAGAUACCAGGUGUCGGGGGACUUCUCUAUGACUGCCUUCUACUUUUCCGACACUGUUCUGGUACAUUGCAGCCCAUGUGACGGAGCGCACGGCGCCUACAUACGAUGCCUCGUACACACCUGUGACGUGUGUGUGUAUCCGGAAAAAGCUCUACCGGACCUCAGGGUUAGAAUUCGUCAUCGCCCCUCCUCCGCUUUUAAAUUCACGUUUUGUAUGAUUUCACAGGCCUUUUGAUUACUCGGCGGAGGAAGGGAAAUGAAUAUUUAUUCUACAGCGACAAAUGAGCGGAAUCGUAGAUUGUAUUAUACAGAAUAAAAAAACUGAAAUUC